GCCAGUCCUCUCCAAGCCGCCGGUGAGAACCGAGGAGGAGCAGAAAGUGCUGGACGCCCUGGAAAAGGCGAAGCUGCGGGAUCGCAAGCGGGCGGGCGUUCAAGACGGCGAAAACAAUCGGAAGAAGAACGCGCGAAAGAUGAAGAUGGGCCAGGCCACCUUCUCCCUGAAGGACGACCGGGACUGCGUGAACCCCUUCAUCGACAGCUCCACCGCCUCCCACGUGAAGUCCUGGGGUGGGAAGCGGGUGGACAAGCGCGCCUCCGUGAAGCAGAUCAGCAACCUGGACUUCACCUCUUGA